AGGAAAGAGGAAGGGGGGAGAGGAGGAGGGGAGGGGCCUCGCCAGAGCCCAGAAAAACGACAACGCGAGAAAAAUUAGUAUUUUUGCACUUCACAAAUUAAUGACCAUGAGUUCGUUUUUGAUAAACUCCAACUACAUCGAGCCCAAGUUCCCUCCUUGCGAGGAAUACACGCAGCUCGGCGGCGGGAGCAACUACCACCACCACCAUCACCCCCAGCACCCCCAGCACCACCACCCCCAGCACUCCCAGCACCUGCGCCAGCAGCACCAGCCUCACCCGGGCCAGCCUGUUCCUGAUUACUACCAGCGGCCGAGCAGAGAACCAGGAUACCAGCCUCCUCCUCCUCCACCACCGCCUCCACCACCUCCGCCUCCGCCUCCUCCUCCGGAGGCUCUCUACCCCGCUCAGCCAGCCCACUACCCCGAGUCUCCUUACAGCUACAGCGGCCUCGGUUCUACCCCGGGACAGGACCAGCCAGCACCAGGAACCUCUCCUCCUCCUCCUCCUCCUCCACCACCUCCUGCUCCUCCGAGGAAGGGCCACCAUGCCCAAACCCAGACCUUGCUUCAAGGCCACGUCCCGCCUCCUCCUCAGCCCCAUUGCGAAGCAGCCCAGGGGUCAGCGGCUGGAGGCAACCCGGCUUCAUGCCCUCUCCUGGCCCCCGACAAGAGCCUGUCUGGCCCCAAAGGGAAGGAACCGGUGGUGUACCCUUGGAUGAAGAAAAUCCACGUGAGCACUGUCAACCCCAAUUACACUGGAGGGGAGCCCAAAAGGUCUCGGACUGCCUACACCAGACAGCAGGUCCUGGAGCUGGAGAAGGAGUUUCACUUCAACCGCUACCUGACCCGGAGGCGUCGCAUCGAGAUCGCGCACUCCCUCUGCCUCUCUGAGCGCCAGGUGAAGAUCUGGUUCCAGAACCGGAGGAUGAAGUGGAAGAAAGACCACAAGCUGCCCAACACCAAGAUGCGCUCCUCCAACCCUGCCAGUCUCAGCCAGCCAGCCAAAGCACAGCCUCACCCAACCCCAGCAACACCACCAGCACCAUUGCCAAGGGGCAGAGCCACCCCAAACUCAGCAUCGCUAUGAUGUCGGCCCGACAGACUCAGGGACACAUCCAGCUUCACCUCUUUCUGUCCUGAGGACCAAGUCAAACUAUAUUAAGAGGGAACGAAACCAGAGCAAGAUUAAAAUGUCCAGCAUAGGGCCUGUGUAUUCAAACCAAAAAAAAAACUGGAUCAAGUGUUUCUUCCCUUCUGUAAAUAUGUCUCCAUCCCCAUUGUUUGUAAUUAUAAUAAUUAUUUAUGGAAAUACAGUACUACCGUCUACCCGCCACGUUAAUGGAUGGAUCCUAUGCCUAAGAAGGACCCUGUGUAUAUAUGUUUUAAGGCGUCAAAAGUGUUUCCGAAGAGUGACUUUGUGAGGCGUGGUCGUGUAAAAAGCAUAGGAUUGUGCUGUUUCGUGGUGUGUUGGUGGACUCUCUCAGUUGCAGGGACCCAGGAGUAAACUCAUCUUGUUUCAUUUGAGGUCUUGUGGGGUUUAGGAAAAAGAAGGAGCCCAAUGAUCACACACCCCUUACGGACUAAAAAAAGAUGUGGGGUUUUUUGUGUGUGUGUACCAAGAAUCAUGCAGCUUUUAAAAAGUAUAGUCCUUGUUUUGGUGGUGAUAUGUUAAUCUCCCCAAUGUUGGGUGGUUUUUAAAAACCUCUUUUUAUUAUUAUUAUUUCAAGGGAAGUACACCAAUAUUGCUAUAAAAGCUGUUUCCGUCUUUGUGUCAUGCCACAGUCAAAGUCCAUGUACAAUGUGCGAUUUAUGUGUAUACAUGUGUGAACGUGUGAUGUGUAUAUACACAUAUAUAAUGUCCAGUGCUGUUAAUAAAGAAUACCCUGUACCCCAAAAAA